AUGAAUUUGUCUGAUAAGCAAAAGCAUGCAUUUCGCUUCUGUGAUAUAUCUGAAGGACCUGGAAGAAUGAUGCCACCAAUUAAGGGCUAUGAGACAAUGCCAUUGGUUACUCUUGAGAAUGCUGUCAAGCCCCUGUCUGUGCGCGUACCUGAAGUCGAACGUAUGGUAUGGAUAGUUAAACAGAAUUGUGUAAAUCCACCUGACAAUCUCUUGCCUGACGAGUCGGCUUCGAUUAUGCUCUAUACUCUCGAGUGGGAACCGCGAGAAAAUUCAUUCUAUAUGAUUUUCAACAACACACUACGUGCUGAAGAUCGACUUCUACUAAAACCUUGGUUUCUCUAUAUGAAAUUAUUUAUCACUGCUCUUUCGAAAAUACGAUCCGAACAUCGUUUUCUUUAUCGCGGAGUUAAGCUAGAUGUCAGUGCCGAUUAUCCUCAGGGGAAAACAUUCGUCUGGUGGUCAUUUUCUUCCUGCACAUCAUCUAUUGAUGUUCUCAAAAAUGAAGACUUUUUGGGUAAAACCGGUACGCGAACAUUAUUCACAAUUGAUUGUCAUUCAAGUAAAGACAUUUGUCAACACUCAAUGUACAAGAAAGAAGAUGAAGCCUUAUUACUUGCUGCUCGGCAAUUCAAAGUUGUCUCACAGAUGAAUGCAGGCAAUGGUUUGAAUAUGAUUCAGAUCAAAGAAAUCGAUCCACCAUAUCCUCUCCUUGAACCACUACCCAUGAGCAAUACAUCUGCAUCAGCAAAGACAUUGCCGCCGAUUUCAUCAAUAAAAAUGCACAGCUAUGGUCCGUAUCAUAAUGAAAGACUCGAACAAACUAUAAGCAAAUGUCAAUCACGAAAAUUGAACUUGAGUGGACAACAAUUGAACGAUCAAGACAUGGAAAUAGUCAUCAAACAGGGAAUGAUUGACAAACAAUGCACGAUACUCGAUUUGAUGAGUACAAAAAUCACACAACGUGGUGUCUCGAUUCUAGCAAAUGCACUGCGCGACAAUAAAUGCUUGGAAGAAUUGAAUAUCUCACAUAACAAUAUAUCUGACUCGGGCGUUCGUUAUCUCUCGUCGACAAUCAAUAGUUCCGUUCUGAAACGAGUUGAUCUAGCCGAGAACGACAUUUCUGAUGAAGGUGCGAAAUAUCUAGCAGAAAUGCUCGAAACAAACACACACUUGCUUCGAUUAUUAUUAAGCGAAAAUCAAAUAGGCGAUGAUGGUGUGAACAUGUUAGCCAAUUCUCUUACACAUGGUAACACACGUCUUGAAUUCUUGAAUCUAAGCGCAAACACAGAUGUCAGUGACGGAAGUAUUGAUUCACUUGUCAAUAUGAUGGAACAUAAUCGAUCAUUGAAAAAAAUUGACUUACGUCAUAACAAUCUUUCCGAAGAUGGUGAAGCAAGACUUCGAGCAGUGGCCAAAUUGAAAAAAGAUUUCGAACUAUGGCUCUCCCAUUUCGUGUAA